CGCAGUUAUGUCCAGUGGGAACGGCUAUAGAAGGCACAAGUUUAGAUCUGUGACUCACCAGAGGUCUUUGAAAUCAAGUGGUCUUUGACCGCGAUGGAGUCCAAAUCAAUUGAGGAAAUCACAGAAAGAAAGAGUGAUGCUUUUGAACCACUAGUUAUCAUAGAAUUUACAUCUGGCACCAAGCAGGCGGCCAUAGAAUGGCUGAUGGCUCAUAUUCAGGAAUCAAAAUUGGAUGGAGGUGCUGAACUGGAGGUUAAAAUGAUGGUUCCGCAACAUCAACAGACUAAUUCUGAAAACGUGGCAACCAUUUUGUACAUUGGUGCAAGUCUAGAUCGCUAUCUGGUAUCAGCGGAGAUGAUGCAGAUGAGAAAACCACACACCGCCGGGGACCUCCGAGAAUUUACCAUUUCUGAUUUAGAAAACUUUAAAGGUUCUGGUGAAAUGUCGACAUUUUUCACAACAGCAGAGAAACAGAAGAUAAUUCUAAAAGAGCUGAACAGCAUCCGAGCGUCUGAGUUUGACCUUCACAUCCCGGGUUAUGAAAACUACAAACUGUAUCCGGGAAAGAGAAUUGUGAAGGAGUACUUGCGUCGAGAAGUUGCAGUCCGGUUGUUUCCAUUGCACGAAGAAGAGUUCAUUGACAAACUCGGGAAAGAGUGGUACAUGCCCAGGCAGUGCUGCAGUGUCCAGCCAAUAGGGAAAAUCCAGAAAUAUUUUGGUGAAAAGAUCGCCAUGUACUUCGCCUUUCUAGGACUGUACACCAUCUCCUUAAUCCCACCCGCUCUUAUCGGCAUCAUCUACUUCAUCACGUACUGGCGCAGCGUCUACAGGGAGGCCAUCUUCGCCGUGUUCAAUCUCGUGUGGUCCACAAUAUUCCUAGAAUCGUGGAAGAGAUACUGCUCGGAGCUGAGCUUCCAGUGGGGAACCAUGCAGUCGGUUGUCGCGAAGUUCGAAGAACCACGGCCUGACUAUUUUGGGAAAAUAGGAAAGAAUCCCGUAACAGGCAAAGCGGAACCGGUCUAUCCAAAACUUAAGCGAGUUCUGCGCUUUUACUUGGUGUCCCUGCCCGUGACUGCGAUGUUUCUUGGCAUAGCUUUCGUCUUUAUGCUGACUUACUUCUGGAUGCAGGCUUGGGCAGACAAUGUUUAUUUUAAGAACAAGACGCUGUUGCAGUAUCCCAUUAUCUUCGCACCCACCAUUGUGUAUGCAAUAUCGAUUGGUAUACUGAAUGCAAUAUAUAGAAAAGUGGCCAGUUUGCUUAAUGAUUUUGAAAACCACCGAUUGCAGUCUUCAUAUGAAAACCACCUUAUCAUGAAGUUAGUCCUUUUUGAUUUCGUCAACUGUUUUAUCUCGUUGUUCUACGUGGCGUUUUAUCUUCAAGAUCGGGCCUUGCUCCGUAGUCAUCUGGCAUGUUUGCUGAUUACGUCUCAAGUGACUGGUCAGAUCAAAGAGGCAAUGGUGCCAUUCUUUUUCGUGAAGCGGCGAUCCCAGCAAAUGGAGAGAGCCAUGAAGAAAGCAGCAUCUUUCAAGACCGGUGAAGGAACGCCCGAGGUCGACUACACAGUUCAGAAACAGGCCAGCCUCGAGUCCACCAUGGAUCAGUAUGAGGGCACAAUGGACGAAUACUUGGAGCUGUUCCUGCAGUUCGGCUACGUGUUCCUCUUCUCCUCUGCCUUCCCAUUGGCUGCUCUGUGGGCCCUGCUGAACAACAUUACCGAGAUUCGAACAGACGCCUUCAAAAUGUGCCGCAUCUUUCAGAGACCAUUCGCAGAGUCUGCUUCUGGUAUUGGGGCCUGGCAGAUUGCCUUUGAGGUGAUAGGUCUGAUAUCGGUGAUAACGAACUGCGCCCUCAUCGGGAUGGACCCGGAGGUUCAACACUUGAUGCCAUCCUCAAUGAGCACUGUCAACAUGGUGCUCAUCUUCGUCGCAGUCGAGCAUGUGGUAUUAGCUGUGAAGGCAGCGGUUGCAUUCUUCAUCCCAGACGUACCUAGAUGGGUGGAGGUGGAGAUGGCGCGGGUGGAAUACCAGUCUAAACAAGCACUCAUUAAAGAGAAUGUUGCAGCCUCAUAUCGCAAGAAACAGAUGCUGCGGAAAAUGUUCUUGUCGAAGGAAAACUAAUCAACUUAAUAAUACGUCUUUGAGCAGGAGAAACAAUCAAGAGAUUAGAACAUCACUGUAUCAAAGGAGUUAUUUAUAUUAUAGUUAAACAUACAGUUAUAUAAACUGUAGUCUGAUAUUUAAAACUUAUUUUUCAUUUUCUAUAUUUUCUUGCCAUUUUAAAACAAUUUUUGGUCAAUGUUAUAUUUAUUUAACAAAUCUUUCUAUUAAUUUAUUACAAUAUAUUUAAAUACUUAUAUUCAUUGGUUGCAGUAUUUUGGGUAUGGUUUUUAUGUCUUGAAUUUUUAUUCAGUAUAUUAAUCUUUUUCUAAAAUUUGCAAUAUUUGCAAAGAACCAUAAGAAUUUUGCAUUUCUCUAAUGAUAAAAAUCAAAAUAUAAUUAUUAUUAUUAUUUGUUUUACAAAAGAAGCAACUUUCUCCAUAUUUGUGAGGAAAACAAAUUGAUGUACACUGGAAUAUUGAUAAAACUAACUAACAGUAAAACUAUUUAACUUGGUUGUAAUCAAUACAGAACAUAAACCAUCAGUCACAUAAUAAUGGUUUUUGUAUCCGACUGCCUACUUAACUAGGCAGUCCAUAACAAAUACAGCACAUUUAUUCUGAAAAGAUAUUAUCUUACGGACAACUUUGAUAGGAAAAUCAAAAUGGCUAAGAGAAUUUUCCUUAGACUUUGAAAGUAAGAAGGAAUUUUUCUAGCCUUCAAUAUAUAUAUAUUUUUUAUCUUAGUAACUCUUAGGCUCUCAGGCAGCGCUUUUCUACCAGUAUUUAUUACUUAUUUGUAUUGUUGCGUGUUUGCUCAUAUGAGAUUGGUGGCAGUGGGUUUUUUUUGACUUGAUAUUGUGCAGGUAGGCUUAUUUGAUGUUCAUUCAUACAUCCAUACAUUAAUACAUGCAGUUAUGCGUGCACAUACACACACACAUAUACACACACACACACACACUAUCCAUCCAUACAUUUAUAAAUUCCAUACAUACAUUAAUACAAACUUACAUAUAUGUUUUUAGGUUUUUUUCUUAAAUACAAGUUGAAUAAGCAGGAAUUUUAUUAAUUCCCAAGUAUUUAUUUCUACUACUAGUAUUGUAUUCUCAAAGAUCUAUACGCUCACAAACUGGUUUCUUUUUGUUUUGUUUUGUUUGUUUUAUAAGGUUUUGGGGCAUUAUUAUUAUUAUUAUUAUUAAAUGCACAAUAUCUUCAACAUAUCAGGCAGAAUGUUAUUUCAUUUUAUGUUUGAUUAUUCUUUGUUAUAUUUUGUUAAUUUUUAGCUUGUUAACUAUUGUCUAUUUUUUUUUUUAUCAAAAUGUUUUUGCUUUUUGCAUUUUAAUUACAUCUUGGCUGUUAUUAUCCAGGGCAGCUCUGACACUUGCCAGAUUUGCCAUAUGCAAAUUUAAGAAGCAACUGAUCAAUUUUAUUUUAAUUUGGUGAAAUAGGUUUAUGUAAUAAUUGACAUUUUGUUACAAAAUAACUUGGUUUCUUCUAUUUUUGAAGUUUAAUAAAUAAUUUGACGAAAUUUUCUGCUUACCCAGAGCUAGUCUGGAUUAUCUCAUACAUUUUUGUUCCCUUCCUGUCGGUAUCCUUCAGCCACUGACAGUCAAAGUACUAAGAGGGAAUAGAUAAUCAUUUUUGUUCCCUUCCUGUUGGUAUCCUUCAGCCACUGACAGUCAAAGUACUAAGAGGGAAUAGAUAAUCAUUUUUGUUCCCUUCCUGUUGGUAUCCUUCAGCCACUGACAGUCAAAGUACUAAGAGGAACUAGAUAAUCAUUAUUGAGAAAUUAUAUACAUUUUUGUUCCCUUCCUGUUAGUAUCCUUCAACCACUGACAGUCAAAGUACUAAGAGGAACUAGAUAAUCAUUUUUGUUCCCUUCCUGUCGGUAUCCUUCAGCCACUGACAGUCAAAGUACUAAGAGGGAAUAGAUAAUCAUUAUUGUGAAAUUAUAUAUCAUGAAUACUAAAAGAUAUGUGAAUAUAAAUUUCAACUGUAACAUUAAAUUUUUAUUUUUAAAGAAGGUAUUAGCCCAUAUUGAGAUUCAGGAUAAUUACAGGUUGAUAUAUGAAGUUAGUUUCUAAAAUGCGAUACACGCCAAUUUCCAUAUGUUGAUGUUUACAGUGAAAGUUUACUAAUGUUAGUACAACUGAGAAUGACAGCAAUUGAGUGUCAGUCAUAAAGCGAUCUAUUUCCAUUGAACAGGAUCUUAAAAAUCUGCUUUGCUCGAUAUAUUACGGUAUGUCAUGUUACAGAAAAAUAAUUAGUUUUUCUCAAAAUUAUGUAAAUGGAUACUAGUAUACAUGUAUAUCAAUUUUUGGAAAUUAAUUCUUCAUGUCAUUUAUCAUUUCACAGAAUUAAGCAUUUGUAAUCAAGUAAACGUGUUCUAAUUACAAAAUAAUCAAAACCGUGAUUUGCAUUUGGCCCUCUUUUCUUUUUCUCCCAUUAAUUCCCUCCAAUUUUUUACUCAAUCUGACAGCUCCUAUCUUUCAACUUUUCUUUUUCUCUCUACUUCCACAUCCCAAUCCUUGUCUCUCCAACCAUUAUUUGUACCUGUCUCUUCCGACCAUCCGUAACAAACUACCUGCUGUUCCACCAGCUUUUUUGCUGUUGGCUUAGUAUGACGACUUCAGGGUAUACAGUGGUCACUAAUGGUAUUGUUAAGAUGCAUUUGCAUGCUCAAAAAUAUUGAAACAGCUCACAGGCAAAUACAGUAUAUCUGUCAAAUUCUUGACCAGUUUCCAGUAUUUAAUAAGUAUUUUCCAGAGGUGGUUUGGCCCUGUAUAGAGGUCCAUAAUGACUAAAUUUAUGCAUGUUCAGGACGGUAAACGAUCGCAGAUGCUUGUUAGACUGGUUUUUACAUGUAAAUGAAUGCCACAAGAUAAUGAGUGCCUCAUAUAAGAAUAACAAUACAAACAUUAUGAUGUCAUCGGUUGCUAUGCAACCAACUAUUCUCAUAGGAGGUACUCUUAUCGUGUGGUGUUGCCGAACAUUAGAUGAAUGUGAUAUGAUAGAAAAAGAUGGUACUAAUAAAAUUGUUCACGAGCAGCUCGGAGCCCUUCACCUCCUGAACAUGUCAGAGAUACAUGUAUGCACCAGUUAUGGUCAAAAUUGUUCUAGUAUUUUGUUACAAGGUUAAUUAGGACCAAUUUAUGAGUAUUAACAUUGUCAUGAGCACACAAAGCAUACUUUUUUUCUUCUGUUUGUUUGAUAGGUCCUUGCCUUUCUUAAAAGUGUACUUCAUAAACGUAGAUUUUGUAAGGAAAUGUUUUUAUAAGAUUUUUUGCUCAUUUUAAAAGUGUGAGCUAGGAUUAAUAUGUUUAAGUCUUGUAAAAAUGUUGACAAUUGUGGCUCCCUUAAGACCUGAUUCCACCUAAGUGUUUCAUGCCACAUUUUCAGGUGUCGUGAAAUGACAAGCAAACACAUUGGUCUUUUUAGCACUGUGGUCAACAAUUUCCAUCUUGAUGACAAACAUGGGCAGAUAGUGCUCGAGAUGACGUAUCUCAUUGGAUGGUCAAAAAGGUAUUUGAUGUGAAACACUCUGGAAUGCUCUUCACAUUCAGGACAUUUCAUGCCAUUGUGUCGGAGAGGGUAUUUAAAAAAUUAUGCUGUGAUGAAAACCAUUUCAAGGUAAUUCCUUUACAAAGCAUUUUCUCGACGCGUGAAUGCAUCAUGACAGUGUGACAUCAAAUGCUUACUGUAUGUGAAAUCAGGCUGUUAAUGAAGACUGUCAGUGAUGAUUUACAUUACUUGUUAUUUAUUUUGGUUCUUUUGGUUCUCCAUGAAGUGGCCUAUCUUUUUAUUUGCAUAUUACUGGAUCCAGUGGGGUUUUUGUUUUGUAUUGUUUCUUUUUUGUUGAAGGGUGUCAACACUAUAUUGUUUCUAUAUAUUUUUUCUAAAAGAUAUUUGUGGUAUUAACAUUAUCUGUGGUAUAACGUUUAUCAUUCAACGUUUACAUUUCAUUGUUCUUUGCUAUGUUAGUAAUUUUAUGAUGAAAUAUUUAACAUGUUGAAGAAUUAAUUUAAAUAGCAUUUAUUUCUGAUAUAUUUCAAUAUACACUAUGGCAUCGGGUAUGUGGCUAAGUGAGGUGUGCUGGUGAUCUUUAUAUACCAGUCACAUGAAAGUGGGAGUUUUGGUGCCAAAAAACAAAACAAAUAAAGAACAUAUGGAGUUAUGUAUGUGGUCUUUAAAAACAUAUAUAUCAUUAUUCAGUGACGUUAAUGAAUUGUUCAAGUACUAAUUAUAUAUGAUGGUGAUGAGAAUUUUAUUCUGAGUCUGCAACACAGACUGGCUUUUCACUAUUUUUUCUCUGUUAACCGAAUAUAAUGUAAAUACUUAUUGUAAUCUAAUAUGUUGCCAUAGUUGUCAAACCUAUUUUUAUAUCACACAGGAAUGACAUGUGCCAUUUUGAAAACCCAGUAGUUUUUUGGCAUACACAUGUAGAUCUGUAUGUCUUCCGGGUACGAGAGUAGUGAGAUUCUAUUGUUAUCAGUUAUUCAGCGAAUUCAGAAUAACCCACCUAGUCCAUGACAUUUUUUUUUGUGUCUUCUAUUUGCCAUAUUUAUUAUAUUGUAACAAAUACAUUAUAUGCAUUGUAUAUAUUUAAAACUAUAAAUUAGUUUACAAGUUUGUAAUAGAUUAGUUUACAUCACUUAUAUUAUCUAUUGUGAACAUUUACUGGUAGUAGUCUUCACCAGGAGCAAAAUCAAGGCAAGCUGGAGGAUCCCUCUCCUGAAAUAGUGCAAGGCGAGCAAUUUUCUGCUCUCCUAAAACUUUUCAGGCGAGUGUGGAGAGAGGUGGGAGUGAUAAACUCGCCUUUUCUGGCAUACAUUGGUAGUGCAUGAAAAUAGUUAAUUUGGAAAUGUAGUAUUUUAUAGAAACAUAAUAAAAUGUUUGUAUUAUAAAAAUAUUUGAGUAUUAUUUUAGGUGUGACAAGCAUAAUAUAUGUGUGCAAUAAAUACUUUAAAUCAAUUUAAAACAUGUAAUUUAAAAAAUAAAACUGAUGCAAAAAAACAAAACUGACACUGUUGGAUGGAAAUGGCCACAGUCAAAAUUAAUUUUUUUACAGAAAGGAGAAAAAAGUGAAUGACUUUUAACUUACUUUUUGUUAAUAAAUAAAUAAUAUUUGGUGUAUGCUACUAAUUACUGGUACUGAAACAUGAAAAUAUCCAAAUCCAAAUAUUUUUGCCUCAAAGUUUUCAACCAAUAAAUAUCAGCCAAAUGGUCACAUGACAAAAUGGCCUGCUUCCAGUGGACUAAAGAUUUGCCAUCUCAAAGAAGAGAUACAUGUACUCUAAAACAAUUUUAAAAAUACAAAAACAUUUUUAUGCUGCCAAAACUGAGUUUGGUCAUAUAGGUCUGACAGCAACGAAAUAACACUAGUAUUUAAAAAGAUCUUGAAAAAUGAAACAAAACGACGUGUAAUACUUAUAGGAAUGCAAUUAUUGAAAUAAACCUAUCAAACCAGGGUAAUUUAUUACUGCAUGGGUAUAUUCAAGGAAGAGUAAAAGCGGUACUUGACCCUUCCAAAACCUUUUUUUUACAAUUUGUUUCCAAUUUUCACUUCACAAAUGCCAAACUUAUAUUGAAGUGCCUUGUUGCUCUGUGUAAGUACUAACAGUAAACCAUGAUGUUUUUCUGUGCUGAAGUGUAGAUAGUAACAGCUUGAUGUCAGUGUGUAUUACAACACCAUGCAUAUAUGUGUCUUACUACCAGCUACUAGUUUUGCCACAUACAGGAUCGGAUAGUUAACAUAGUAUUUUAAGCUGUUGUUAACCUUAAGCCUAAUUCAUUAAAUUGUCGCAACUUUGCGAUGGCUCAAUGCAGUACAAAAAGACUUGCAAGGAUGAUGCCAUGUUGCUUAACUGAGCUCUGUGAAUCGAAGCCCUGAUCACCACUGACACUGCCAAAAUGCUAGUGCCUUUAU